GGUGGGGUCAGGCCAGGUCAGCAGAGGAUCCUAUUGCCCACCUCACAAAAGUAAGUUGAAAUCUUUAUGCCAAGGACAUCAUUCCUGGAACUCUAGAUAAUUCCAAGCUGCAAUAAUCAUCUUCAUUCCAUGUAGAAACUAAAUUUCAAAUAUCUUAACUGAAGAUGUAAGCUGCAGAAGCUCAAAUUUAUAGUACUGAUGGACACAGUUUUCUGUCCUCAUAUUUUGUGAGAGUAUGCAUGUAUCAGGGGAACAGGAAAGCUAGCUUAUAAAUUUGAGGUUUUUAGUGUUCUUUCAUCCACCAACUUUAAAUAGAAAUUAUGAUGUUAGGAAAACUCCAUACAACAAAUAUGACACAGACCGUGACAGAUCCUGAAAGACCACUAAUUGAAAAUCUGGGAAAAUUUUGUACCCCUCUUGAAAAAAUUCAUGUUAUGUUAUGAACACAUAAAGAAGUGGAUGUUUUUUCCCUUUAGGGUCAACCUCAUCCAGCAAGCAGUAACCCUGACUUCAGGGGGGAAAGGGGAGGUACAUUAUGUUCCAGCAUACGUCAGCUCCGUUCAACCAGGUGAGAAACACAUGGUAUAAAAAGAAAGCAACCAUUUGUCUUUGUUACUCAUGCAAUGCAUCUGGAAAUGAGAGGAACCUGUGCUAAAAUUCUCUGAUAAAACCACGCUCCUGUGCUAAAAUUCUCUGACAUAACCAUGUUCCUCUGCUAAAAUUCUCUAAAAAAACAUGCACUUAUGCUCCUCUGCUAAUUCUAUUUUAAAAAAAACAACAUAAAUCUGUGUGUGUGUGUGCCAAAAUUCUCUGAUAUAACUAUGACAGCUACUUUUUUAGCCAAUAAAUGUGCUGGUGCUAAAAAUAAGAGAGUUAACAUGCUAUUUUUAUUAUGUAUUAUUAUUCAAACUGUAAUUUUCAUGUGGUAAAAACUAAGAGGUUUAAGACCAAAUCACAAAAUGUAAUUGAUUAGAUCAGGGGUCUCCAAACUACGGCCCGCGAGGCUCUAUCAUGCGGCCGUGGAGACCUUUUGUAAACGGAAUAAAAAAUUACCCAAAAGUAUGUGUAUCCUGAUAAGAUCAGACGCCGCUUAGGUGGACGUUAUGUUUUUACCGAAUUAAAAUAGAGGCCUGCAGUAGUGCGUUAUGUUUUCUAACCGAUCAUUACUUUGCAAAAUCUUAUUCGAUGCUUAAUUUUUCAACUUUGGUUCACAGUCAAUGAAAUGACAUGUAGUGGCGGGGCUUUGCCCGCCGUGUUGCAGACAUGGGUGAAAAUAUUGUGACUCAAAUAUCGAAAAACUGCAAGCAAGUUUCACCAUUUUUAUUUGCAAUGGAUGAAUCGCUGGACAGCUGGUCCACCUCUCAACUGCUUGUGUUCGUUAGGAGUGUUGUUGAAGACAUGAACAUAACACAAGAUCUAUACACCUCUUAAAGGCCUUCAAAUCCAAACUCAUCUUGUUUUUGGAACGAGUACAGGCCAACAACUUUACGCUCUUGUAGCAGUGGACGGUCUUCAUGGCUAAAGCAACAGCGGAGUUCCCCACGUCAUUUGCAUGCGAGAUCAUCAAAGACCCCCAGCUGCAUUUUCAGCAGCGGUUUUCUGACUUGGAUUUAAAGGCUGAAGAAGUGAGACUUUUUCAAAACCCAAUUGAAACAGAUGUGGCCAGUCGCCCAGAGGAACUGCAGCUGGAGGUCAUUAACUGAAUGAAAUAAUAUUAUAUAAAUAAUGAAAAACAACAUCCAUGUUUUGAUUCUUUUUUAUUUGGACCUCGAGUUUUUUUUUUUUGGCCCCGGUGGGUGUAUUUUUUUUCAAAACCCCCCCCCCCCCCGCCCCCCCUUCGUGUUUUUUGGGGGGGGGGGGGGGGGGGAGUGCCAGUUGAUUCAUUUUUGGAGAUGUUUUUGCUCGAAAGGGGGGGCCCCCCUGAGAUUUUGCUGACAGAAACCCUGCUCGAGUGUGCAGUCGACCCGCGAACUACUGUUUGAUAGUUAAUGCGGCCCUCGGGCUGAAAAGUUUGGAGACCCCUGGAUUAGAUGAAUACUUCUUUUCUCCCAGUGUUUUCCCAAAAUUACAUAAUGGGUGUGUUACUUGAGACACAUUUGAUUUCACUAGAGCAGUACCCCCAAAUUUUGGGGGAAAGUUUAUAUAGCAAAGCAAAGGUAAAUUAAAAUAACAAAACUUACCCAUUCCCCUAUCAUGAGGUAAUGAUUACCACACAUUGCAAACACUGUCUUUACACCGAAGGAGCUGGGGGCAAAUUUUCACCCCAGGCAAGGUCUAAUCUAUUAAUCACAAUUUGUCCAAUUGUUUGGUCCACAGCUCAGCAUUUGUUGGUGCAGCAGUCACCACAAGCGAUUCACUCUCCCAACCCCACCAUGAGUCCAGCCACCACCACUCACGUUCACAUAUCUGGGAACAACAACAUUGGUCAGCCACAGUUCCAUGCUGUUACAUCUGCGGGAAACAUGCCCACGUCCCAGCCACAGAUUGCCCCCAGACCUGUUCAGGCCGUGCUGAACACCCAGUCUCCCCCACAGACAUCCAGCCCCAAGUAUUAUCAAGGUAAUUUGCACUAUAGCUUUCUUGUAAACAAGGAUUUUUAAAGAGAAACUUAAGCAGUAACUUUGAGGGUUGUCAUUUUGUUUUGUUUAUCUAAUACACUAACAAAGGAUUUUUUUCAAGAGCUAAAUGUUGAUAAAAAUUCCAGUUUCAUACUCAAAAUUUUUAUGGUUUUGGGAUCAGAAUUUUUUAAAAUGUGUGUUCUGAGGUCCACGGGGUAGCAGUUGAGCUGUCCCUUUUCCCAUUUGAAUGAUCUUUUAAGGUUUGAGAGGAAACUUAUCACAUAUUAAUCUAGUUUUUGUAUGCAAGAAUUUUUGGGGUACAAAUUUAAAGACGUUAAUAAUAAAUGUCCCACGUUUGUUAAAUUCAACUUCAGAAUGUAGCAUGGUCAGGAAAAUUUAUUAACUGAGCUCUAAAGAUUACUUUCCAUUUUCCAUAGGAAUUGUAAACUAGUUGUACUACAGCAGGUGUCAUAGAACUUUUUAACUAUAAUUCCAAAAUAUACUAUUUACAUGGAGAAUUACUGAUUAUUAGUAUAAAUGGUUUAAAAAAAAAUUAAUAUGAUAAAAUAGCCCAUAGUUAAUAAAAUUCCUGAAAUUUUGGAUUGUACAAUAAAACAAAAGGUGAUAUGGCCAAAAUGAUGUUAUGAUUCGCUGUAAUGAUAGCUGCAGAGCUACUAGAAACUACAACAAGUUGGCUGUGCUUCUCUGCUAUACUGACUUGAUGCAACAUUCAUUUUUAUCCCAUUUGGGUUAAUGUAUCCUCGUCACCCGCUCACCCAACCCUUUACUACAGUGGGGAUGGGGUAUCACUUAACAAAACAAAAUUGUAUACCCCUUUUGUAGAAAAUAUGAACAGCAGGCCCAAUGUAAUCAGCAUUAACAAAAUUUUUUUUUUUUUUUUUUUUUUUUUUUUUUUCUUUUUUUUUUUUUUUUUGCAGGAACUAUGAAUAUCAAGGCCAAUGUAAUCAACGUUCCAACUGAGGGCAAAGCUGCAGACAUAGGUUACAUCAGCAGUCCCAAUUUUCACACCAAGUCCAAUCGGGUGAAGGCCACCACUGCCCAUGUUCCUGUGGCCACGGAAUCCCUAAAGUCAACAACCUCCCAGUGUAAGUGUUCCUCAUGCAUGGCUGGCACGAACCAGCACAUGUGUUGGGUAGACUGCUUCUUCCAACCAGAGCAUGACAAUAUCUCAGUAAUUUAAGAGUACUUACAUUUGUUAAUUUUUAAAACUUCAUUCAAAAUAUUAAUUAAUUUGUUUUGUUGUGUCAUUGGAGAUAAGUGAAGUUAUUAGUUAAAUGCAAUGCAGAUGCUCUUUAAACUUUUAAAAAUACUAUUGAUCUUACCUCACCAAAAUUAUUAUCUUAAAAAGAAAUUUGAGAAAAUGUAAUGUCUCACUCCUGGAUAGAGAACAAAAUUUUAAAAAAAUUUAAUUUACCAUCUAAAGCAGUGGUUCUUAAUUUGAAGUCGGGGAGCACUUUUGAUCAUGACAAAAAUUUGGGGAGCACCAAAAUCAAGGAGUAAAAAAAAAACAACAAAUACACAUACGUACGACUUUUAUUGAAAAUAAAACAUUAGAACAUACGAGUUUAAAAUUAUAACAUGACAAACAAAUUUUUAAUAAACAUAAAUUUAAUAAGUAAAAAAAUAACAUUGUUCAAAAUUUAAUUCAGAAAAAUAAAAAGAUUUAAUGUGAAACCUGAGCUUGACGGUUUUUACAAAUUUCAGUGAUAUUAAGCCUAAUUUUAGAAAUAGCUACCCUCAAUUCUUCAUCCAAAUUAGUAAGUGUUGCUCGUUUUUUAGUUUGUAUGUUGGUGACUAUCGAGAAACCGAGUUCACACAAAUAUGAUGUUGAAAAUUGCAACAAGAUUUUAAGUGCCUUCAUGGAGAGAGCUGAUUAUUCUUCUUACACAAAGAUUCAAAAUCCCUCCAGAACCAUUUCGUAAAAUUUUAUUUUAAGUGUACGAUCUGAUGAUAGUUUGAUUAAUUCUUCUUCUUCUUGGUAUGACAACUUACUAUUUGAUGUAUCAACCAUGGCAAAGGGAUUACGUAUCCAGUCAUAUGUUUCUACGUUUAUUGAUGGAAAAUAAAAUUCAAUCUUUUCUUCUAAUAAAGUUAAAUGCUCUGUUACUGCUGAAAUAAUUUCGUCGGUAGUGUUAUCAUUAAGAGAAGGAAAGAUAUCUACUUUCUUUUUCUCCAACAAACGAUUUUUCCAAAAAAUAACUUUUUUCCGAAAGGCUGUCAAUUUGUCGGUCGAUGUUAAAAAAUUUUCUUUUCUUCCUUGAAGGCUGGUAUUAACACAAUUUAAAUAAUCAAAAAUAUCAGCUAAAUAUGCCAAUUUAGCACACCAAAUGUCAUUUUGAAGAUAUUCCACAAAAUCAUCCAUAUUUUCAUUUUGGAAAAAGGUCAUCAAUUCAUCCUUCAAUUCUAAGAAAUGACGUAACACUUUUCCUCUGGAUAACCAUCUCACUUCAGAAUGCAAAAGCAAAGAUUCGUACUUGGCUUCCAUAGAGAUGCAAAGAUUUUUAAAGACGCGUAUUUUCAAAGGUCUCGAUUUGAUGAAGUUUACCGUAUUGACAACUUUGUCUAGCACAGGUUUUAAUGCUACUGGUCAUGUUUUGGACACCAGAGAUUCUCUGUGUAAAAAAACAGUGAGUAGAUAUAAUAUUGGCGUUUCUUUUCUCGGCGAGAGUCACAAACCCUUUUAAUGAGCCUACCAUUGAUGGAGCACCGUCUGUACAAAUUCCCACACACAACUCCCAUGAUAUUUUGAAUUGUUCGAAAUAGGAAGAAAUAGAAUCAAAGACAUCUUGUCCUGUCGAACGUUCGGUAAGCUCAAGACAGCAUAGAAAUUGAUUCACUAUUUCGUUUUCAUGAAUGAAACGAACGAACCCUAGUAUAUGAGCUUUUCCACUUAUGUCAGUGGACUCGUCAAUUUGCAGAGCAAAAUGCCGUUUGGAAAGCUUAUGGGCAACUGUUUUCUCGAUAUCAUCCGACAUAUUUUUAAUUCUAUUUUUUAUUGUAUCAUUUGAACGAGGAAUUUUCAUUAUUUCCUUUGUUGCUUCAUCGCCAAACAUAAUUUUAACCAUUUCACAACAUGCAGGUAUAAUUAAAGACUCUGCUAUAGUAUGUGGUUUUAACUGAACAGCAAUCAUUUCAGCAACCUUAUAUGACGCCAAUUGUGUCUUAUCGGAAAUUUUCACAGUUUUUUCAAAAUAUUUUACUUGUUUAGCUUGCGUAUCUAACAAUCGUUUGAAAUAAUCUUUAGUUUUUGUAGCAAGAUUGGCGUGAUUUGUAGAAAAGUGACGUUUCAACUUGGUAGGAACCAUCGCGCUGAUGGAUAAUUUUUCUCCACAUACAAUUCCACAUUGUGGAAUGUGAUAUUCUUCCUCACAAAUGUAUGUAAAUCCAAAACUUAAAUAUUCUUCAGAAUACUGUCGAUUAAUUUUUCUUCUUUUAAUUCUACCGUUUGUGUCAGACACAAUAUGUGCAGCAGGAGCAUUACUACUGCUUCCACUUGUACUUGGUCCAUUUUUAGUAUUUUGUUCUUCUGAAUCAUUCGCUUUUCAUUUGAUAAGAAAUUUGUCCAUUAUGGGGUAUUACUGUAAAAACCAAAAUUGAAUUGGCAAUUAAUAAUACUUUUUUAACAUUAUGAUCCGAACUUAACGACCGAAAUCCAUCCCAAUAGGUAGGUAGGCCUAGGUCUUCACCCGUAAAUAAUUAAAAUUUUAAACUUUUUCUUUUACUUAUAUAAAUAUUUUUUUGAUUUUUUUGGGUUUAUUUUUAGAAUUUCAACUUUUAAUUAUUCAUCAAAUAUCUUCAUAUAUUUAAAAGAAGAUGUUUAUUUUACUACUUACUUGAACAUUUGACAGCUCCGAUUAAAGCUUCACUGACCUAAUUUCGCCGGGCGAGCAAGCUUUACGCUGCCAUGUUAGUGUUAGUCAAGUUCAAUUGUGGGUAGCGUUGUUCUCAACGGCGGCGCUCCGAGUGAAAUUUACACACCAAUUUGAUUUUACAAGCUGGUGCUCCGCGGAGCACAGAUUAAGAACCACUGAUCUAAAGCAUGGGUUUCCGAUUUGCGGGCCACCAUAUUAAACAUUUUGUAGAAUGAUGCAAAACUAAAUUCAGAUAAGUGCCAAACUCCAUUCCUGUAUUUUGAAAUUAUCAAAAGAAAUGUGUGGGGAGGGGGCUAAUUCUAUUAAUUUGGGAUAAUCAUAUGAUAGUCCUAGACUUAGAGCUCAUCACAAAUAGUCAUAGUUUUUAUUUGUGGAUCAACAAGAAUGUUCCAUAUAAGAAACAGUGGCUGCCAUAUGCAAAUUAUUUUGACUCACUCAAAAUAUUUUGCUAAACAAUGAUUUUUUUUUUAAAUUGUUAAAGCAGUAACCAUGUCUUUUAAUAGUAUAAAUCUCUUCCUGGUAGCUCCUCGAGGUCAAAUAGCUGUCAACUCUCCCAUGGCAAGCCCAGCCUCUACACCAUCACCAUCACCUGGACUUAUUCACCAGGCUCAAAGCCCUGGCCUCGGACAUUACAGUAAGUUCAUAAAAUAUGGGUAGUGCCUUAUGGUUCAUAGACUAUACCAUUCCAUUUUUCAUAAAAUCGAACACAAUGUUUUUUUUAAAUCUUAUCUUCUGCUCUGUGCCAUUCAGUCCAUCUCAUAUAGUCACAGUGGAAUCAAAACUUCACAAAAGAGAUUUUCUAUGUACUUGUGUUUGUUAGUUUUUAUGUCCAUGUGUUUGGUGGUAUUUCAUUCUGGUUUGGUGAUUAUUCCAUCCUAGUGUUUUGGGACCUUUAUGUCCUUGUGUUUGGUGGCCAUUGCAUCCUGUUUUGAUGGUUAAUACGUCCUGGUUUGGUAUUUAUUCCAUCCUAGUGUUUUGGGAUCUUUAUGUCCUUUUGUUUGGUGGGCAUUGCAUCCUGGUUUGGUGGUUAUGUCCCAGUUUGGUGUUUAAUAUGUCCUGGUUUGGUGUUGAUUCCAUCCUAGCGUUUGGGAUUUUCUUGUCCUUGAGAUUGAUUGGUGGCUCUUAUUUCAUUCUAUUUGGGUGCAACAAAAACAAAGACCCUUUUUAAAGAAGUGUUUUUCAAUAAAACAAGCAAAAUUCAGCAAUAUUGUGGCCAUUCCUAAAGUUGUAAAGUGUUGUAUUAAAAACUUGGAAGCACUUUUUUUUUUAAAAUUUCAUACUUAUGGCUUGAAAACUUUUUAAAAAAAUUGUAUAAAUAUAGAAUGGAAUUUGCAAGAAAGAAAAAGAUCUUUAUUAUUUAAUUGCCUGCACUUGUCCUUGCUUCUUGUAAAUUGUUGUCUUGGUUAAAAAUAUAGAUUUAUUUAUGUGCUGAAAAUGAAUAUGUACAAUGUAAUAAAAAAAAACUUGUCCAUUUAUUUGAAUCAAUAAAGAAUCUUAUCUUUUAUUAACUGUUUAAACUUCUAAGAGAAGAAACAAAGUGUCACGACUGGGCAAGGAAACCUUUUCAUAAGCACUGACCUGUGUAUAAUUUUAGAUCUUUGCACCCACAGAUCAGCAGAUAACCCAGAGUCCAGGUCAUCCCAGGGGAACGUCAGUAUCAGACCUGCAGCAGCAGCAAGCCAUGUUAGAGGAUGCCAAAGGUUCACCUGCCAGAGGAAAGAAGGCACCCAAAAAGGUAUUUUUUAAAAUAUAUAUUUCUGUAUGGGGUUUCCCCAAGUUUACCACAGUGGCUUUUAUGUUGUGACACAAAUAUCUUUAUAGUUUAUUUGGAGGUGUAUGCACAUGAUGAAGUAAUGGUUUUCUGUAUUUUAACAUUUGUGGGAGGGUACGAACUGCGUUAAUGGUAUUGAUUUUUUACCAUUAUAUUUUUAUAACUAUUGAAAUUUUAGCUUAAAGUAUAAUGAGAACUGGCUUUUGAACACUUUAAUUCAGUGACGCUUGGUGUUAACUUCAGUGACGCUUGUGUUCAGGGGAAAAUGAUAAGUUACUCAUUAAUUUCUAUAAUACAUUUAGGGGUUAGUCUCAUGAUCAUAAUGACAGUGACUCCUCUUGUGAGUCGCUAAUCAUAAAAUGUAGCUCCUAUGGUGAACUUAGACAGUUGAGAUUUUUUUUUUAAUUCAGUAACAUAACUUAGAUAACAUAAAUUAAAAUUCUUCAAAGGUUCGAAUGAUGACCCCUGAGUCAGGCAACUCCCCAAGUCCUGCCAACACUGGUGAUUAUCAGCAGUACGGGGGUGGAGGCAGUACAAUAGUGACCCCAAGCACCCCACCUCAGCAACAUUCAGGAUCAGCGUCAUCUGACCAAGACAUCCUGUCUCCGACUGGCCAGGUAAAGCUUGAAUAAAUCAUGUUACCCUGCCAGAAAUAAAGUUCUUCAUAUUGUGCCUGAAUCAUUUAAUUUUUUUUAAAUAAAUGAAUACAUUUUCAGUGUUGAAUUUGAAAAUCUUUUCUGGGGGGAAAAAAAAAACCCCAUGAAAAUUACUGUAAAUAUAGCACCAAAAAUUAUUGAUCUUAAAACAAAUACAAUUUAAAUUUGAUAAUUAUUGGGGGUCCAGCAGCUGUUGUACAUUAGACAUGAAACUGUUGGCAUCUAUUGUCAGACAAAACUCAGCUGUUGUACAUUAGACAUGAAACUGUUGGCAUCUAUUGUCAGACAAAACUCAAGCACAAGCCACCACCUCUAAAUGUGCCCUCACACGUCCAGCAACUUCCUAGUGCAGCCAACUCUCCAACUGUGGCCAGUAGUCCCAGAAAGAGCAUCAUCAAGAAAAACAAAGAUGACGGGAUGGAUAAGUAAGUAAAGCUCUGUGGGGUAAUCGGUGAACAUGCCCAUGAACUGCAACAAUUUAUUCCAUCACAUUCAAUAUAUAAUGGGAAAUACAAAACAUAGGGUACAGGAAAAUCUGAAAGAGAAAAAACAAAAUAACGAAUAUAUGGGGAAAAUGAUUUCUCCAGUCAACAAAAACAAAAAAAAAUGUAUAAAGAACAAAAGAAAAAUGGGAGAAUUGCACAGCAUAAGAUAUUUUUUUAUUUCUAAAGAAGUCUUUCUGUCUUCAUUGUAAUGGCUCAUAUUUCUCAUUGCUGAUUGGGAGUCUCCCCCUCUUUCCCCCCCCCCCCAACUUAUUCGAGUAUUUAUCAUUUUACUAGUUAGUGGGAUUUGAUGGUUUUAUAAUGAAAAGAUUCUGCACCUCCCUGACUGCUUGCCGUUUUUUUUUUUUUCUAAAAAAGUUUUUUGGUUUUCAUUGUAAUGGCUCAUUUUUCUCAUUGCUGAUUGGGGGUUUCCCCCUCUUUCCCCCCCCCCCCAACUUAUUCGAGUAUUUAUCAUUUUACUAGUUAGUGGGAUUUGAUGGUUUUAUAAUGAAAAGAUUCUGCACCUCCCUGACUGCUUGCCGUGCAAUACUUGUGGUGAGGAGCACUACUUUUUUUGUAAUUAAAUGCAAUAUCUUUCUGUAUGUCUCAUGAUAUUUUGUGUCCACAGAGUUCUUCAGCAGGUUGAGUUUGAAAAGCACUUUCAUUCCCUGCCUAAGUAUGUUCCAGACGAAACAGUGUCCACGACUCCAUUGCCACAGUCACCUCGUGGAAUUAUCAAUGUUUACAAACAAAAAAAUAAAAUCUCGCACUUGGGUAGGUUGUUCUAAACUGUUAAUUUUUCCACUAUGUUUAUGCUGCACAAAAACUCUUCUUUUAAAAAAAAUAAAAUAACAUACUCUACUGGUUUUUUUUUUAAAUUUUGUACACCUUAAUCAGUCUUCAAAACAUAAUUAUAUAAUGUGUAGAUCAGAUUCUUAAAUGAAAAAAAACGUAAAAGAAAUAGCUUUCUGUAAACUGUAUUUGGCAUUUGUCAUGUGUAAUUAAUAAGAUAGUAAAAAAAAAAAAAAAAAAAAAACUUUUACUGGUUUUUUUUUUAAAUUUUGUACACCUUAAUCAGUCUUCAAAACAUAAUUAUAUAAUGUGUAGAUCAGAUUCUUAAAUGAAAAAAAACGUAAAAGAAAUAGUUUUCUGUAAACUGUAUUUGGCAUUUGUCAUGUGUAAUUAAUAAGAUAGUAAAAAAAAAAAAAAAAAAAAAAAAAAAAAAAACUUUGGUCAUGAAAGUUUGUAUCUUUUUUACUGGUCUUAGAAUAUUCUUAUUUCUGUAAAAUAUCCUUGUAUAUUUUAUUUGAGAAUGUUAAAAUCAACCAUCAAAAGGGUAAACAGGCAAAUGACAUCCUAUUUCCAAUAUAUUGGGUCAGAAUAAUUCACUGAAACUGCUUAGAUAUUCCCAUGGGAUUUAAUAGCUCAGUUCACCAUCACUGUUAUUUAUAAAACUGAUCAUUUUCAAACCACAGCUAAAGGUGAAGCUCAGGAUGGUGACCCAAAUAAGCACUCCAGCGAGUCGGAGGCGGCAACACCCACUCCGAAAACCCCCAAAAGUACUCGCCAUGAUGACCGAAGAUUCUUUGGAGAAAAUUUCAGCCUUGACCUUGCUAGUACAGGAUUACCAGGCUCCAAGGUUUUUGGUGAGCUAAAUUUAUUCGGUUUCUUUGUCAGGGUUCGGGUUCCUGUUAUAUAUAAACUGUAGGAAUUUUUUUUUUUAAAUUGACACCAGUCCAAAUCUAUUUCUACAAACACAUAACUUAAAUAAUGCAUCUAUAGUUUUCAUAAACUCUAUAAAAUGCAAUAAUUUCUUCUUUAUCUUUCAAACAUCUUUUUAAAAAAUGUAAGUUAAAAAAAUUAUGGGGGUUACUUUUAAAUAUCAAAACACUAAUUUAAAGGGAAGACGGGAAGACAAUAGGCAGAUUUUUCAAAGAUAAAUUAAAACCAAAGUAAUCCUAAUAUUUGUAUGUAUAUAUCGUAAUAUAUUGAUUCUUUGUGGGUUUUUUUAAAAUACUUAUAUGCUCUGUUACAUAUUUUUAAAAAUUAGUUUUUCUUUUUUUAAUUUUUGUCAUUUGUAUGCCAAAUUAUUUUUGUUUUUGAAGAAAAAUGUAAAUUGAGACGUUGCAGCUGAUGUCUGAAUUCAGAUCACACUUAAACUCAAGAAAUGAAGCUGCAUUUUCCCCCUUUCUAGCAUUUCUAUUUCCAUCUUAUAUUUAUCUGUAUAGAAAUAAGAAAAAAAUCCUAAUACAAUGCCUCUGGUCUUUCAAUGUUGUGUGAACUAUCAAUGAUUUCAAUCUUUUCCCACGCUACUCAUCUUUAAAUAUUUGGGUGUGCUUGAACAAGUGUCAAAACUAUUAUUUAAAAUUAGUACCAUUUUUUUAAAACCGGGGAAAUAAAUAUUUUUAAAAAUUAUUUCUACUCUUCAGAUUUUGAUGGUGACCCAAAUUCUCCUCGGACACCAAAAACACCCAGUUCACCAGGUGCCUUCUCCAAUCGACGAAUUUUGGACCAAAGGAGACACUUGGUCAUGCAGCUGUUUGAUGAACAUGGCCUCUAUCCCACAAGUAAGACCACAAUGUUUAGCAACAUGUUUUAUGUAAAAUGGAAAUAAAAUGAUGUGCAGUUUCCUUUAAAAAAAUUACCAAUGUCUUUAAGAUUAUUUUCCCUUCUUUAUAAGAAUUUAAAUCUUUCGCAUGAAUAUUAUUUAAACCUGGUGGACAAAAUCGUACGUGUCCUUGGUGAACAGUUCUUUAUACUUGACUAGGCUUUAAUUUCUGUUUUCAAAAGGAACUUAUGUUUAUUUCACUAAUCUGGUUUUAAAGGUGAGGUUUAUUUUAUUCAAAAAUUAAACCGCCUGACAUAUCUUUUAAACACUUAGACUUAAUAUAAAUCUGUAAAUAUUUAUUUUAGACAUAUUUUAGAUAGAGAACUAAUUAACAACCGUUUUCUUUCUUUGCUUAACUGCUUUUUACUUACUGAACUGCACAUAUCAUUUUGGUGCUAUAUUGUUACACACUCUAAUUUCAUCCAGGCCAGGCAACCGUUACCUUCCAGAACAAAUACUCUGAGAUUUUCCCCAAUAAGAGCUGCCUGCAACUCAAGAUUCGUGAAGUUCGACAGAAGAUGAUGGCAUCCGUUCAGGUAAGGUCCACCCAUUUUUUCACCCAGUUAAUCUGACUGUCCUGUGCCACAAGAAGCUUCUAUUAGCAAUAAAUAAACUUUGUCUGAUCGCUAUUAUAAUGUAAACAUCAGGGGGGAAACGUAUGGUAAUCCAUUAAAUUUAAAUAGGCUUAAAAUUUUUAUGUUGGGUCAUAUGUUUUAAACUCAUGUAUUUGAGGCACCCUCCCAAUUUCAUACAUGUUUAUGCCUGACUCAUCAUGAACUGCCUUUUGCUUCAUUGUCCGCACUCGAGGCUUAUUACUAUGUUGCAAAAAAUCAGCUUAGUAUGUUCGAUUCCACUUCUUUAUAAUUUAAAGUUUAGUCUAUAUAAAAACCUUAUUUUUAUUAAAUAAAAUGUUAUUACUUUUCAUUCUUUUCAUUUUUUUAUGUUUAAAAAAAAAACAAUGUUAAAAUACUUAAUGAGAUUAAAUCCCAGUUUUAAUAAUUUAUUGCAUUGUAUCCUAGUUAUAACACUCAAUUAAUUACAUGGUUACUCCAGUUAACAUGCUAGAUUACUUUGAAUCUCGCUUGUUAAUUUUGAUCCAAGGUAAAGCACAUGACAAUUUGGAUCCCAGUAAAAACACAUGAUUACAUGGGGUCCCAAUAAAAAAAAACAUUACAUGCAACCCCACUGAGAACACAUUAUUUGAAUUUAUAUAAGUGAAAUGUUUAGAACCAUCACAUUUUUUUAGCCAUAUUCAUUUUAAAAAAUUCAUCUCGAUUUCCUUACCUCUACAGAACACACCUAAAACACCAACAACCCCGUCAGCCUCAAGUUCAUCACAAGACACACAGGACUUAUCCUCCAGAUCAGUAUCCCAGGCUCAGCUUAACCCUCCACCUGGGCCAGCCAUGCCCCCAUCAUCUGUACCAUCGCCAUCUGCAGGUCAGACUGGUUCAUCACUGAGCGUCCCAGGCGGUGCACCGUCCAUGAUGGGGGGUACUGUGAGGCGGGCCUCGCCCCUAGCCAAAUCACCCCUUGCAUUUAAUAGUGUUCAGUGACUACAGCAGAAACAUUGAAGUGCUGAUAGCUAAAUCAGUGUGCUUGUAGCUGUAGUGUGUAUGGGGGAUAGAGGUGAUAAUAUUUGAAGAUAUUUUAUAUAGAUAUAAUUGAUACCCACUUAACUCUUGUUAAGCUUUUAUAUCAUGGUCAUGUGUUUUCGAAGAAGUCUCAGCCACCCACUCCCACACUACAAAUUACAUUUUAUUGAUACAUGGGCAAAAACAAAAAUUAAUCCUAAAGCUUGCUGGACUUAAUUUGUGGGAAUCAUUUGUGUCUUUCUCCCUCUAUUUAUAAAGUUCUAAUCUGCUUUUCAACACUCAGUAGGUACAGUGUUUCACUUGAUUGUGUGCCCCCUUUUUCCUUCAAGCCUAUCACGGCAAAGAAGUAGCCUGUUAUAAUGUAAAAAAAAACAACCUUUGUGGUCAUUCACCCAGCUUUCUGAAUAGGAUCAACACCAUCCUGAAGAUUAAAACUACUAAUUCCCAGUGAAUUCUUGUGAUGGACACUUCUUUUACAAAAUCUUGCAGAGUUGCAAGUGCCCGACGGCACAUCAGAAAUGCACACUCAAAACACA